CUUACAAUGCGGAACAUUUUGAAGAAGAAUUGGUUGUGGAAUUUGAGGUUCUUGUAACUUGCUUGGAUGUCGGAUGACUGUUGAUGUUUGACCCUCCGUUGGGCUCUUUAAAUAGUCAAAAAAGACAUCUCUAAACAAAGUCAUUUGAUCAGCGCCACGCGACAAACGAGUUUCGCCCACAAAAGAGUUCCGAUCCGAUCCGAUGCGAUCUGUUGUUUCCUUCCGUUUCGUCGGGCUUUGAUCUGUUUUCCCGCCCAGAAGGUGAUCUUCGACAUAAACGUUCCUUUGUCAAGCCGUUUAGGCAUAAUCCCCUUUCAAUAUCACCUCGCAAUUGUCUGUCUGUCCGCGUGUGGAGUCGCUCGAAGGUAUUGAAAGGCAUUGUCAUUAUAUCGAUCGCCGGCUUCACGUGAGCCGUUCGAAGACGCCGAUGACCGUUGAGAACCAAGGCCGUGAAGACGAUGGGGAGUCUAGUGUUUGUGAAUACACCUUCGGAUUAAUCGACAGAUAAAUCUAUUCGCACAAUUAAACCAAAGAAUUAAGAUACAAAACACAAUUAAACUGGUUUGUGCGUGCAGCCAGAAGACACAUUUUUGCCCAUAUAUAAUCCUCGAUCUGUGGCUAAAUCAACAACAGUCAUCAGACCUCUACACAAGUGACAGCAGCUCUUCUGAUCUUGAGUCUUCAAUACCCCCAAAAUAUUCCAACAUGUUCCGCAUUUGUGCUCUGAUCUUCGCUCUGGUGGUUGUGGCCUCGGCCGCUCCUUCUCCCGGAUAUCUGGAGUACCCCUCGGCGCACUCCCACUACGGAGUGGCUGUGGCCCCGGUGGUCAAAGUGGUGCCCGUCGUGAAGCAGGUGCCUGUCGUGAGCCACGUCCCAGUCGUGAAGCAUGUCCCGGUCGUGAAGCACGUGUCCGUGGUGGAGCACGUGCCCGUGCUGAAGUCCUACUCCCCAGUGGUCUAUGCUCCAUCGUAUGCUCACUCCUACGGAGUGCCCUCUUACGGCCAUCAGAUCUACCACCGCCAAUGAGAGUACCCCUAAUAUCGAUUCGAACUGAAUAAACGAUCUACACUUAACAUGAAA